GUAUGCAUUAACGAUGAAAACUAUUUGGUUGACCUCAACACCGACCACCUGUUCCGACAGAUCACACGAUUAAUGCGAUUCAGUGUCCAGUUUGUGAUCCCAUCCCUACUGAUCGGCUAUUUUUGUGCCAAAAUUAUAUUCCACUUAAACUCAACACAAUUACUGAACCGGAAGUGGAUUAUAACGAAACGAUUUCUACUCGUUUUCGCCAUAUUUCUCGUAAAGAACUACUCGUUUCACAUGAAGUCCACCAGAAAUAUAGUCAAAGAUAUCAUGGAUUCACGACAAGUGAACUCCUGUUAUCUAAACACUGAAUACUAUGUGUUUUACAUUAUAUUCAAUACGAGCUCAUCGUUCACAUCACUCAUGUAUUUCUGGAUGAGCCGGGAGUUUAGGGCUCAAUACAAACGGUAUGUCCAGCGAUGGUUAUUUUGGAGGAGUUCCCCAAACCGUGUCUCAACGAUCGCCAAUAAAACAGUGGUCAAGGAGUUCCAGUUCAGCGCCGUUUGCUAA